AUGUCAGUUGAAGAGAGCAUUUUCUUAGCAAGAGUAGCUGAAUAAGCUGAGAGAUUUGAAGAUAUGGUUGAGUUCUUGAAGCCAGUUUUAGAUACUAAGGGAGGUGAUGUUACUUCUGAUGAGAGAAACUUAUUGAGUGUUGCAUUUAAGAAUUUGAUCAGCUCAAAGAGAACUGCAUGGAGAACAAUAUCAGCCAUUGAGCAGAACCCCAAGUAUCAAAAGUUCAACGAUUCACUCGCUGGAUAUAAGAAGAGAAUCGAAUAAGGUCUUUACGCAGAUUGCGAAAAUGUUAUACACAUUAUCAAAACUAAGGCACUACCUGAGGGCAAGGUUAAAGACGUUGAGGCCAAGGCUUUCUUUACAAAAAUGGUAGGUGACUAUUAUAGAUACAUCGCUGAGACUGCUUAGAACGAGAAACUAUAGUAAGUUAAGGAAGAGGCACUUAAAUCCUAUGAAGAAGCUAGUAAAUUGGAUCUUCCACCAUGCAAUCCAAUCAAAUUGGGACUUGCCCUCAACUUCUCAGUCUUCCACUACGAAGUUAUGAAGAAUCAGUCCAAAGCUUGCACCCUAGCUGACGAAGCUCUUCAAGCUGCCCUAGAAAAGAUUGACGAUCUCGGAGAGGAUGACUUCAGAGAUGCUAAAUCAAUCAUUGAGCUUCUCAAGGAGAACCUGACUCUUUGGAAGGAGGAAGAAGAAGGUGGUGACAACCAAAUCGAAGAUUUAUGA